CCCUCCCGCUCCUCCCCGCCCAGCCCAGCCGUGUUUGCUUUCCUCCCGGAUCCAGAUGAAAGGGCUGCCCUGCCCGGGCCUGUGCCCGGCCCACUUCUGGCUGCUGGGGUCCUGCUUCAUGGCUGAGGGCGCGGGGGCGCGGGCCCUGGGGCAGGGCCCCCCGCUCAGCGUCCAGCUCCUGCGGGCCCGGUACCAGGACCUGAGGCAGCAGCAGAGAAACCAGGCAUACUGCGUGGUGCUCCCCAGAGGAGGGAACACGCCUGCUGCUGCCGAGUCCAUGGUCAGUGCCGUGUGGAUUAACAAGGAGCGGAGGCACUCGCUGUCCCCGGACCAGGCGGACCCCGCGGCCGCGGUGCUGCUGGAGGAGGCGGACGCCGGCUGGCUGCAGGUGCCCCGGUCUCCGUGGCACACACACCUGCAGAUGCACUGCUCCGUCCAGAGCCCCCACCAGGACGCCAGCCAAGGCCUGUUCCCGGGGGCUGAGCUGCGGCUUCCUCAGGACAGAGGCCCGGGCUUGUUGGAAAACAGGCAGGGGACUCCGCAAGAGGCCACGACCCCAGGGGCCGCCCAGCAGGAACAUCGGGUGGACGAUCCCCAGACCCAGACCCUGUGCUCCGGCCUACCCAAUGGCCUUCCGGGCCCUUCUCCCACAAGGAACCCACAACGGCCUGGGAAAGUAGCACACUACCCCUUCCCCCAGAGGAAGGCUCCCAGGAUCUCCCAGGCUGCCCGGAACCUGGGCUUGUACGGCCCACCCUGAAGCUCUGUCCUCAGCCACAUGCCCAGCCUGAGGCCAGCUCUGGUCUCAUCACAGGACCACAGGCAGAGCCCCGAGGAGGACCCCUAGCGAUGAGCAGAGCUGGCCUAACUCCCUGUAGGGAUUGUGGGAAAUGGACCCCGCAGUGGGCACGUGGUCUUGGCCUUCAGAAAAGAAGAGCUUGUCCGGAGCAGAUUGCUCACAGCCCCGGAGGAAAGAGCCUGUCCGAUCCGCGCAGCCGCUCUGCUCACACAAGAAGACACUGCUUCAUGGCCACGGAGCCCAGAGGCCCAUUCCCUAUGGAGGCCCAGGAGGACGCCGGCUCAGUCCCUAGAACAGGGAACCAGCUUGAAACAUAGAACAGGGACCCUGGCCAACGGAAUGCCAUAGCAGUGCCCGGGAGUCAACGAACGUGGAGAAUCUUGUUUCCCACAUCUUCUGGGGAAGAUGGGCUCUGAGAAUUGGCGUUCUCUGGUUACUCUGCCUGGAGGCCAGCUCACUUCCAAGUCACUGCAUUCACUUUAGUGACCACACCAUUUCAGCUUGAGCUUCCUGAAGUGUGGUCACCCUGGGUAAGGAGGGGCGGAACGAUGCCGAUGCCGCCGGUACCGCCUUGUGAGCCUGAGGGUCUUUAGGAAGGGUUGCUCCCCUCUCACCUCUCACCUCUCACCGAGACUGCACAUUCCAGUGUCAUCACAGACUUACUUCCUCCUGUCCUUCCCUUCCUCGCUCCCUUUUCCCCUCCUUUUUCCCUUCCUUUUUUUCCUUCCUUCCUUCCUUCCUUCCUUCCUUCCUUCCUUCCUUCCUUCCUUCCUUCCUUCCUUCCUUCCUUCCUUCCCUUCUACUUUUCUAGCUGUCUGUCAUCUCUCUUUUCCUCCCUAUCUCUCUCCUCUCUCCAAUUGCAUUAGUAAACAUAGUAAACAUUAUUUGCAAUCUAUAGUAAGAGCAGCCUGAGCAGAAGCAGCCAAAGAAAUGCUCCUGCUUAGAAAACGUGUGGAUCACUCAGCCUUCUGGGACCAUG